GGCACAGGCACAGGCUGCUGGACAGCUACCGUGCCAGGAGAGCGGGCACACACACACACAGGGACUCGCCGGGCACGAAGAGCCACACGUGCCAUCUUGACCAGAAGAGGCUUAUUCCUUUCGCUGGGCAAUAGGAGGUGCCAUCUUGAGCAGUAACUCGGACACAGGACAAGGGAGGUCAAGGAGCAUUCAAGAUGGCGGGGGCGUCGGUGAAGGUGGCGGUGCGCGUGCGGCCGUUUAACUCGCGGGAGAUGAGCAAGGACAGCAAGUGCAUCAUACAGAUGACCGGCAACACCACCACAAUUCUCAAUCCCAAAAUGCCCAACGAGAACAAGAGCUUCAACUUCGACUAUUCAUACUGGUCCCACACAACGCCUGAAGACUUGAACUAUGCGUCGCAGAAGCAGGUGUACCUGGACAUUGGUGAGGAGAUGCUGCUUCACGCCUUCGAGGGCUACAACGUCUGCAUCUUCGCUUAUGGCCAGACGGGCGCUGGCAAGUCCUACACCAUGAUGGGCAGAAAUGAGAAGGACCAGGAGGGCAUCAUACCACUGCUGUGUGAGGACUUGUUCACCAAGAUCAAUGAUAACAGUGACAACAACAUGUCCCACUCUGUAGAGGUGAGCUACAUGGAGAUCUAUUGUGAGCGCGUGCGUGACCUUUUGAACCCUAAGAACAAGGGGAACCUGCGUGUGCGAGAGCACCCCCUGCUGGGCCCCUAUGUGGAGGACCUCUCCAAGCUAGCGGUGACAUCAUACAACGACAUCCAGGAUCUCAUGGACUCGGGAAACAAGGCCAGGACGGUGGCGGCGACCAACAUGAAUGAGACCAGCAGUCGUUCCCACGCUGUCUUCAACAUCAUUCUCACCCAGAAGAGAACCGACCUGGCGACAGACAACACCUCCGAGAAGGUCAGCAAAAUCAGCCUGGUGGAUCUGGCAGGCAGCGAGAGAGCAGACUCCACAGGAGCCAAAGGCACACGACUCAAGGAAGGAGCAAACAUCAACAAGUCCCUCACCACACUGGGCAAAGUCAUAUCAGCUCUAGCUGAGGUGGAUUCGGGGACCAACAAAAACAAGAAGAAGAAGAAGGUGGAGAGCCAUAUCCCCUACAGAGACUCAGUACUCACCUGGCUACUGAGAGAGAACCUGGGUGGUAACUCUCGUACGGCCAUGGUGGCGGCUCUCAGUCCUGCAGACAUCAACUACGACGAGACACUCAGCACCCUCAGGUAUGCUGACCGCGCUAAGCAGAUCCGCUGCAACGCAGUGAUCAAUGAGGACCCCAACACACGACUGGUGCGGGAGCUGAAGGACGAGGUGUCACGCCUCAGGGACCUGCUCAUGGCACAGGGGCUCGGGGACAUCAUCGAGAUGACCAAUGCCAUGACGGGGAUGAGUCCGUCUCCCUCCCUCUCCGCGCUGUCCAGCCGCGCCGGCUCCGUGGCCAGUCUGCAUGAGCGCCUCAUGUUUAGCCCGGCCAGUGAAGAGACCAUAGAGAGACUCAAGGAAACAGAGAAGAUCAUUGCUGAGCUGAAUGAGACAUGGGAGGAGAAACUGCGCCGCACUGAAGCCAUACGCAUGGAACGUGAGGCCCUGCUUGCUGAAAUGGGCGUGGCCAUGAGGGAAGAUGGCGGCACGGUGGGCGUGUUCUCUCCUAAAAAGACUCCCCAUCUGGUGAAUCUGAACGAGGACCCGCUGAUGUCUGAAUGUCUCCUGUACUACAUCAAGGAUGGCAUCACACGGGUCGGUCGUGAGGAUGCGAGUAGUCGUCAGGACAUCGUGUUGAGUGGCCACUUCAUCAAGGAUGAGCACUGCCUAUUCACCAGCACCACUGGACCACAAGGGGAAGCUGUGAUCCUGGAGCCAUGUGAGGACGCUGAGACGUACGUCAACGGCAAACUAGUCACGGAGCCCACCAUCCUCAGAUCAGGUAACCGCAUCAUCCUGGGCAAGAGCCACGUGUUCCGCUUCAACCACCCAGAGCAGGCACGCGCCGAGCGGGAGAAGACGCCAGCAGAGACCCCCGCGGAGCCCGUCGACUGGGCCUUUGCACAGAGAGAGCUGUUGGACAAACAGGGCAUAGACAUGAAGCAGGAGAUGGACCAGAGGCUGCAGGAGCUGGAGGAUCAGUAUCGCCGUGAGAGAGAGGAGGCCAACAACCUACUGGAGCAACAGAGACUGGACUAUGAGAGUAAGCUGGAGGCUCUCCAGAAGCAGGUGGAUAAUAAGGGGGGCUACCCUGAUGUGGCCGAGGAGGACGAGGAACCAGAGGAGGAAGUCCAAUGGACGGAGCGUGAGACGGAGCUGGCCCUCUGGGGCUUCCGUAGGUGGAGGUGUUACCAGUUCACCUCCCUCAGAGACCUGCUAUGGGGUAACGCCAUCUUCCUCAAGGAGGCCAACGCUAUCAGUGUGGAACUCAAGAAGAAGGUCCAGUUCCAGUUUGUGCUGCUGACAGACACGCUGUACUCCCCCCUGCCCCCUGACCUGGUACCCCCUGACACGGGCCGCGAUCGCGAGAGGCAUCCCUUCCCCCGCACCAUCGUGGCCGUGGAGGUCCAGGACCAGAAGAACGGAGCCACACACUACUGGACACUGGAGAAACUCAGGCAGCGUUUGGAGCUGAUGCGUGAGAUGUACGACAGGGCAGCGGAGGUGCCCAACCCGGCCUUGGAGGAGUGUGACAGCGCGCUCACUGGUGGAGAUCCCUUCUACGACAGAUUCCCCUGGUUCCGCCUGGUGGGCAGGGCGUUUGUGUACCUGAGUAACCUGCUCUACCCCGUGCCCCUGGUGCAUCGCGUGGCGGUGGUCAGUGAGAAGGGCGAGGUCAAGGGAUUCCUACGCGUCGCUGUGCAGGCCAUCUCAGCUGAUGAGGAGGCUCCAGACUACGGCUCAGGGGUACGCCAGUCAGGCACCGCCAAGAUCGCCUUCGAAGAUCAGCAGUUUGAGAAGUUCCAGAGUGAGUCCUGUCCCCUGAUUGGUCUGUCCCGUGCUGGAGGCGUGUCUCAGGAAGAGCUACGCAUCGUAGAGGGGGAGGGCCAAAACUCAGACAUGAGCCCCUCGGCAGACGAAGUCAACAACAACACCUGCACAGUCAACCAAGAGGAGAUGGAGAACCCCCUGAAGGCAGGGCUGGACGGGGCGCUAGAGGGCGCUAUGGAGCACCUGAAGAUUGGCAACGUCUUCACCUUCAGGGUGACCGUGCUGCAGGCCUCCAGCAUCUCCGCAGAGUAUGCAGACAUCUUCUGCCAGUUCAACUUUAUCCACCGGCAUGACGAAGCGUUCUCUACGGAACCUCUGAAGAACACGGGUCGCGGACCCCCACUAGGGUUCUACCAUGUGCAGAAUAUUGCGGUAGAGGUGACAAAGUCGUUUGUGGAGUACAUCAAGACGCAGCCUAUUGUCUUUGAGGUGUUCGGCCACUACCAGAAGCAGCCCUUCCCGCCGCUCUGCAAGGAUCUCAUUAGUCCCCUACGGCCAAGCAGAAGGCAAUUCCCCAGGGUGAUGCCCCUCUCCAAGCCAGUCCCGGCUACUAAGCUGUCUGCCCUGACGAGGCCCACAGCCGGCCCGUGCCACUGCAAGUACGACCUCAUGGUCUUCUUCGAGAUCUGCGAGCUGGAGGCCAACGGAGACUACAUCCCAGCAGGAGUGGACCACAGGGGAGGAAUGCCCUGCCAUGGCACCUUCAUGCUACACCAGGGCAUCCAGCGGAGGAUCACGGUGACCAUCGUGCACGAGGCUGGAGGAGACAUCGAGUGGAAGGAGGUCCGCGAGCUGGUAGUGGGGCGGAUCCGCAACACUCCAGAAGCAGACGAGACCAUCAUCGACCCAAACAUCCUGUCCCUCAACAUCCUGUCAGCUGGCUACAUCAGGCCCACCCCGGACGACAGGAUCUUCUACCGCUUCGAGGCGGCGUGGGACAGCUCCAUGCACAACUCCCUCCUGCUGAACCGCGUCACGCCCGGCGGAGAGAAGAUCUACAUGACCCUAUCAGCGUAUGUGGAGAUGGAGAACUGUACUCAGCCUACGGUGAUCACUAAGGACUUCAGCAUGGUCUUCUACUCUCGUGAUGCCAAGCUGCCGGCCUCGCGCUCCAUCAGAAACCUCUUCAGCAGCGGCAGCCUCAGAACCUCAGAGGGUAACCGGGUGACUGGUGUGUACGAGGUCAGCUUGUGCCACCUUGCUGAUGCCGGGAGCCCAGGCAUGCAGCGUCGUCGUAGGCGUGUGCUGGACACCUCGGUGGCGUAUGUGCGUGGGGAGGAGAACCUGGCGGGCUGGAGGCCUCGCAGUGACAGCCUCAUCCUGGACCACCAGUGGGAACUGGAGAAACUCAGCCUCCUGCAGGAGGUGGAGAAGACGCGGCACUACCUCCUGCUGCGGGAGAAGCUGGAGUGCACCCUGCUGCUGGGCCAGGAGGGGGCACUGUUCUGCGGGGGCGACGAGCUGAGCGAGUCCUUCCCCACCACACAUAACCCCCCCAACCCUGACAACACACCCGACAUCACCAGCGACCGCCACAGGCAGCUGGCCGCCAAGUGUCUGCGGCUACUCACACACUCCUUCAACAGAGACUACAGUCACGUGUGUGUGAGCGCCAGCGAAAGCAAGCUGUCUGAGAUGUCAGUGACUGUUCUGAGGGACUCUGCAUCAGCUAUGGCUCUGAACACCAUGACCCCCUCCUCCACCUGCCCCGCCCUCUCUGAGGAUCGCUAUGGCAACACUGAACUCAGACCCCCAACUCCACGCUCCCGCUGUGCUAGUCCAGUCCCCGCCCCUCUACAGGAGGGAGCGAAUGAGAAGCCUCCUGGGCCCCCAGAGCCCCGCCCCCGAACACGCCUCUUCGUGCCCGACAUCCAGGAGAUUCGUGUCAGUCCCAUCGUGUCUAAGAAGGGCUACCUGCACUUCCUGGAGCCCCAGACCAAUGGCUGGGUGAAGCGCUGGGUGGUGGUGCGUCGCCCGUACGUCUACAUCUACAACUCCGACAGAGACACCGUGGAGAGGGCCAUCCUCAACCUCUCAUCCGCACAGGUGGAAUACAGCGAAGACCAACAGGCUAUGCUCAAGACUCCCAACACUUUUGCAGUGUGUACAGAGCACCGGGGUAUUCUGCUGCAGGCUGGCAAUGACAAGGAGAUGCACGACUGGCUCUACGCAUUCAACCCACUGCUCGCUGGGUCCAUCAGGUCAAAGCUUUCCAGGAGAAGAGCUGGCCAGAUGAGACUUUAAACUUCUCCCUAUUAUGAAUACAUAGAAUGCAAAACACACACACACUGAAUCCAAAAACACACACACAUUUGCAUCUACAGAAUCUGAGAACACACCCACAUUAACACAAACACACACAGAGACAGGACCACAAUCACAUGGUCUUACACAGAUCAAAAGAUCAAAAAUCAUCACACGCACGCGAUAACACAAGCAUAGACACAUUCAAUACCCACACACACAGGAAGAGAAAGACUAGCCCUGUAAAUAGACCACCACCACCCCCGCCUCCACCCAACCCUGUCUCCCUGUGGUCCUUAUGCCCUGUCCUGGUCCUGUACCCCUGUCCUCCGCCCCUCCGCCAUCUCUCCCCUUAUCUAAGUGUGUGCUUCACAUGCUUUAACUCCAGCACUCGCUCACCAUCCGUCUCCCGCUGUAGGAUCACUGCACCUCAGCACCUGUCUGUGCGCUAUCUGAUCCAAUAUUGUUGCAUUGGAGUGCCAGUGUACGUAGCCCCCUGAGUACCACUGUGCUGUGCUGGAGCUCCAUGCUGUGCACCAGUGCUGAGCUUGGGCACCAAGUAUGAGCUUGAGCAGCACUGCACUUGACAACCACAGUACUUA